CUUUUUGCCAUUUUCAGUCCCUUGAUUUGUAAAUUUUCAAGACAAUAAGUGCAAAGGAGAAUAAAAACCAGAGAAAAAAAAUCUGAACCACCAUUUUCGUGUUUAGAAAGAAAUUCCUCUUGUAUGGCAAAAGCUUGAAAAUUGACACCAGAUGGCCUCAAUUUCUACAUGCUUCACUGUAUCACCCAAGUACCAGCUUCACUCUAACUCGGUGUUCACUCUCAGGCCCUCAAUAUCCCCCAAACCUUCAUUUUCUUUUCCUGGAAUCCAAACAGUACCUUUCCCGCUCAGAAAUCCCGGGAAACCGAGGGAAUUUAGGGCAGUGGUGCCAGCUGUAAGGGCGAGCGUUGAUGUGAGUAGCGCAAUUAGGCCUGGAGGUGUUGUGGAGAGCGACAAGCUGCCGUCGGAUGUGAGGAAGCGGGCUAUGGAGGCUGUAGAUGCGUGCGGAGGGAGAGUCACGAUUGGAGAUGUGGCAAGUAGGGCGGGGCUCAAGCUGGAUGAAGCUCAGAAGGCACUACAGGCUCUCGCUGCUGAUACUGAUGGCUUCUUGGAGGUUUCAGAUGAAGGAGAUGUUCUCUAUGUUUUUCCAAAGGAUUAUCGAUCAAAGCUUGCCGCCAAGUCAUUCCGGAUUAAAAUUGAACCUUUUAUUGACAAGACAAAGGCUGCGGCUGAGUAUCUAGUAAGAGUCUCAUUUGGGACAGCACUAAUUGCUUCGAUUGUUGUUGUUUAUACGACAAUUAUCGCUCUCCUUUCAAGUAGGAGUGAUGAAGACAAUCGUGGAAGGCGAGGCAGAUCAUAUGGUUCAGGAUUCACCUUCUUCUUCAGUCCUACUGAUCUGUUUUGGUAUUGGGAUCCAUAUUACUAUAGGAGGCGACGUGUACAGACUGAUGACAAUGACAAGAUGAAUUUUGUUGAAUCUGUUUUCUCAUUUGUAUUUGGGGAUGGUGAUCCAAAUCAAGGAAUUGAAGAAGAAAGGUGGAAGUUGAUUGGACAAUAUAUAGCUUCUAAUGGCGGUGUUGUCACAGCAGAAGAACUUGCCCCUUAUCUUGAUAUACAACCUUCAAAGGAAGCUUUGAGUGACGAAUCAUAUGUGUUACCAGUUCUUCUACGGUUUGAUGGCCAACCAGAAAUUGAUGAAGAGGGAAAUAUUCUCUAUCGAUUUCCAUCACUUCAGCGUACAGCUUCCUCUCAAAGAAGUGCGAGGAAGGAAUAUGUUGGAAGAAGAUGGGCUGACUGGGUUGGAGGAGUUGAGAAGCUCUUCAAGGAGAAAAAAUGGCAAUUCAGUAAAGCUAGUGCAUCAGAGAGAGCAAUGGUCAUUGGACUGGGGGGGUUUAAUCUAUUUGGGGUUAUUAUUCUUGGAGCCAUGUUAAGGGAUGUUUCCGUUGCUCCGAGUGGAUUCAUUAGUUUUGUUGCUAACAUAUUUCCUCUACUUCAGAUCUAUGCUGCUUCCUUCUUCGCAAUUCCUUUGGUCCGCUGGUUCCUCAUCAGCAAGAGGAAUGCUGACAUAGAAAAGAGGAAUCAAGUGAGGGAGCAGUAUGCUCGAGCACUUGACUUGCCGGAACUUUCUUUAAGGCGGAAGCUUCUGAGUGCUCGUGAUAUGGCCCAAAGAACAGUUAUCGGACAGGAUCGCAUUGUAUAUAGCAGCAACAAGGACCUUUUUGAGCAAGACCUCGAGGCCCGAGAUUGGGAUAAGAGAUUUCGAGAGAUUGAGAAUUCUGAUUGAGAAGUGUUUGUAGUCUUUUGGCAAUCUUCUCUCGGAACGUCAUGGUGUGGGACUGAAAGCUAAGCUUGGUUGGAAAGCUGAUACCGAGCUAUUGGUGACCGGUACGAUUCACAGUAAUCCGGGUGAAUCUGCAAUUCUAAUCUUGAUUGGCAGGGAUACUUGGCUAGUGCAAUAUAGAUAGUGAAGACCAUCGUGCAACGCAGUGUUUUUGGCAGUCUAUAUUGUUCAGUAAAAUCGUUUUUGCAUGAGAAAAGUCAAGGAUUGAGAUUGAUAUUUAUGCUCCGGAUAUUUCCAAUGUAGACAGUAAAAAUACUUUUGACCGCACUACCAUGUAAUUUAUGACAUAUAUUGUGAUAAACGCCCAUAAAAGAGGAGUAUUCCAUCUUCCA